UUCUUAAUCGGAAAGUGUAAACAUAAUUAGCAUUGGAAAUCUCAAAAGACGAGUCCUUGGCAUUUUGUGUAAUUACGUUAAAGUGGAAAGGGGUAAAUAAAUCGUCAUCAACUCAGACAGUUCAUAUAUAGAACCAGUCUUCUUCCACCUCAAGAACUUCCUUCCGUCCGGUGAUACUCUCUGCCGCCGGCGAUAUUCUCUCUCCUCUCUCUCUUUUUCUCUCCGGCGGUCAGAGAAUAUUGAGGAAUGGCGUUGAAUCUUUAGUGGUGAGCGUUGAAACCUUGAAAAGAAAGAAAGAGAGGGAAGAAGUGAAAAUGCUGUGCCGGAAAAACUCAAGCGUGGUGGAUAGAGGUAACGUUCCGGUAUAUCUGAAUGUAUACGAUCUAACUCCCAUCAAUGGCUACGCUUACUGGUUUGGUCUUGGCGUUUACCAUUCUGGUGUUGAAGUUCAUGGUAUAGAGUAUGCAUUUGGAGCACAUGAAUAUCCAAGUACGGGGAUUUUCGAAGGGGAACCGAAGCAAUGCGAAGGGUUUACGUUUAGGAAAUCGAUUUUGAUUGGUAAAACGGAUCUUGGGCCAUUGGAAGUGAGAGCUACGAUGGAGGAACUUGCAGAGAUUUACAAAGGAAGCUCGUACAACCUCAUCACCAAGAACUGCAACCAUUUCUGCGACGAGAUUUGUAUUAAGUUAACCGGGAAUCCAAUUCCUAGUUGGGUUAACCGUCUUGCAAGAAUCGGUAAACUCUCUGGAUUCAUGUGCAACUGUGUGCUUCCUGCGACCAUAAACGCGACCAAGCUCGGUAAUAACCGAAUCAAUCAAGAGAAAUCAUGUGAAGCAGCAGAAACUGAGAAGAAGAAACUGACGAGUGGAGGAUCAAGCAGAGAGAGCUCUACGAUGAUUGAUACUCCUUCGUCAUCAUCUUCGUCUCCUUCAGUUCAAGUUCGUGGUCGAAGCAGGAAAAGGCGUCCUCGUGCCAUGCAUCCUUCAUCGCCAGUGAUUCUCGGAUCUUCCACCGUUUGAUUUGCUCUGUUUGUUAAAACAUCUUCUCUGUUUUGUUUCCAUGUAAUUGCGAAUGUGCUUUGUAAUCUUGUUAAUAUGCAAACCUUUUUUUCUCUGUAAUCUCAUUAUUUACACUUCCA